GAAGCUACGUCCUUCGAUGAUCUGAACGAAGACGUGUUGCAGGUCGUCCUCGAGGAAGUGCGCCGUAACAAUAGCAAGGACUUGUUCAAUGUCUGCCUGGUUUCGCAUAGACUCUACUUGUUGGCAGCCCGACAUCUUUAUCGCGCCGUUGAGUUCGAUUUCUCAAGAAUGUCACAUCGCCGCCUAUUCUAUCGACUCGUUCAUUCUGGCACACACCAUCCGCAGAUGAUUCGCGAGAUCACCAUCACUAACGCCACACCCGAAUAUCGACAGUAUCUCAACGGAGUUUCCAUGCUCUUCUCGAAACUCACCAGUCUCUCACAACUGAACUGGAAUGGGUCGCUGAACGUCCCAGAUAUCCUUCUGGAGACGCUCAGCGGCCAGUUUCCUAAGGCUGCCCUUACUAUUCGUGUCCGACAACCCGACAUCCACGGAGCAGCAGGUUUGGAACAACCUCUCCGCUUUAUUGGAAACUUUCUUGCCGGUUCACAGUUGACCGUUCUCCAUCUCUGUCAAGCGACCGGCAACCGGCUUUAUAGCGAUUUCAAGACAGACCUGAUGGCAAUGUUGACGCGCAAUCGUGUCUUGCGAAAACUAUACAUUCAUUCCGAACUGGAUCGUAUCCAGGAGUUUCCAGAGAUGCUAGACUGCUUCCGAGGCAAAGAACUGCCUAAGCUCCAAGGCCUCUGGAUCUAUCUCAAGAACAGGCAACUUUUCACCAAACACGAGCUGUUUCUGUGGGGUGCACAAGGAGGAUGGGAAGACCUGACAUAUUUGUAUCUGUUUCAUUCUCAUCAUAUGCUCGCCUUUCUCGGACAGGCCCCUCGGUUGACCAACCUAUCUCUUUCUCCACGACAACAGGCCAACAUCGCUCAACUCGAAACGUUCUUAGACGACAACGACUACAACCCUCUGUUUGACUGCCUUAAGAGUCUGACCUUUAGAGGUAGCACCUUCUCGAACAAUCUGGCUCGCCGCCACCUAGUACCCUGGUGCAUGCUCGAACGGUUACCCAAGCUCAUGAAGCUAGAAAUCCACCGCAUGAGCUUUGUAUCCGGCAGUCCAGGUCCGCUCCUACAAACUCCGGAUGUACAGGAUGUGAUCGAGAUCCGGAGGCUCUGCCCAGAACUUACAUCCCUAUCAAUGGACCUCACACUCCAGAACAGAUCUGCAGACUGGCCAUAUGAUAUUCUGCUCGAGGUAACCCGUUUCGAGAAACUUACCCACGUCGUGUUUUAUCUGCACAUACUGGACUCCAAGAUCGCCAGAGCGUCGGUCAAUGAGUUCACAUGUUUCAGCGCACUCACACAAAUGAUUGAUGAGAUGAAGCUGAUGGAUUCUCCUAGCCCAUUAGCCUUGACUGUUGGCUUCAAGGUCGUCAGGCCGUGGAACAUUAUGGAAUCUAACUGGAACAUUCCAGAUUAUAGGUUCACAAUUCGCCGACGAGGCGAUUGGAGAUCGAUCUUGGUCCAUAAUCAGGCGGGUCAGAAGAAGAACCCCGAUUGUCUCGAUAAGAUAACUACGGAUGAAUUGGUAGCCAGGAGAAAGAUACAGUUUUCCCGAUGGUUUGGCGUCGAUAGCAAGGGGUAUCAGAAGGAGAUUCAACGUCGCUAUCGAGACGAUAGACCGGAGACAUAGAUUGGGUUGGAUAAGUUUGCAUGUUCUUUAGAAACAAAACGAUAUUCAGCGACUGCCUUGGGGUCACAUGGUCACGGAUACAAAGAACCAGAAAAUGUAGACGGGGGCAAGGAGACAAGUUUGAUGGAAUUGGAACAAGUUCAGUUUGCCAGAUUGUAGCAUACACAUAGACAUGAGACGUUAAC